AGCUUUUUAACAUAAUUAAAUCGCUCGAUCGCUGAUCAAACACUCAUCAUCAUUUUGGAAAAUGGUGCAACAAGAAGCAGUGAUCGUAAGAAACGCCAUAAAGCGCUAUGGGAAAGGACAGUUGGUGCUUGACGGUCUGAAUAUGACCGUUUCAAGAGGUUCUAUAUAUGGAUUGUUGGGAGCGAGCGGAUGCGGCAAAACCACUCUGCUGUCCUGCGUCGUCGGGGUUCGAUAUCUUGAUAGUGGAGAGAUAUGGGUCUUGGGGGGGAAUCCGGGCAGCAAGGGCUCUGGCAUCCCCGGACCUCGAGUGGGUUACAUGCCGCAAGAGAUCUCUUUGGUCGGAGAGUUCUCUGUGAACGGUGCUUUAUAUUAUUUCGGCAGGAUCAACGGGCUCGACGAUGAAGAGAUCGAGACAAGACAGAAGUUCUUUUCGGAUUUGCUCCAACUACCCCCAACGGAUCGCUUAGUGAAGAACAUGAGUGGAGGUCAGCAAAGAAGGGUUUCCUUUGCUGCCGCAUUGAUCCAUAGGCCCGAACUCUUAAUCCUGGACGAACCCACUGUGGGCUUAGACCCAAUUUUAAGGGAGAACAUUUGGGCCUACUUGAUCCAAAUCACGCAAAAGGAAGGUAUCACUGUGCUAAUCACGACGCACUACAUCGAAGAAACUAAAGAUGCUAAUAAAAUUGGUUUGAUGAGAUGUGGUAAAUUGUUGGCGGAAUCGGCGCCGCAAAAAUUACUGGAGCGAUUUCAAUGCUCGUUCUUGGAGGAGGCUUUCCUGAAACUGUGCGAGGUACAGAAUAAUACUUUGAAUAAUAAAGUUGAAAGAUUCAAAGUAGAAGAUACCAACAGCAACGUCUUGUCUCAAAAUGAAUAUGAACGAACAAAAGUAAUCUCGGAAUACAAAGAGGUUUCGAAACGUCAAAUUUCACGAUUAAAAAUAUUCAAAGCUCUAUUGACGAAGAACGGCAUGCAAUAUUUUCGUUAUUAUGGAGGAUUAGUUUUCGCAAUAAUAUUUCCAAUAAUUCAAAUCUUCGCAUUUAUUAUGGCAAUUGGCGAUGAUCCAAAAGAUUUGAAGAUUGGAAUUGUUAAUGAUGAGGCGGGUACCUGCGGCAGCAACUUUAGCAAUGUUUGGAAUGACGAAAUCACCUGUCACCUUAGCAAUCUCAGUUGUAGAUUUCUAUACAAUUUUGAUGACUCCAUCGCGACACAGGAGUAUUAUGACGAGGUUUCUGAAGCGAGUCAUGUUGUACAAAAUGGUAAACUUAGCGGUUUACUGUAUUUUAGUCAAAACUUCUCAGAAGCUUUGCAGAAACGAAUGGAAGAUGGUGCUUUCACGAAAGAUUCCGAUUUACUCGCCAGUCAGAUUCAAGUUUCCCUUGAUAUGGGUGAUAGACAAAUUGGGCUUUUCUUGCAGAUGAAACUAUUUGAGCGUUUUUUAGAGGUUUAUGAGGAUAUCAUGAAGGACUGUAAAUAUUCGCCAAAAUUGGCCGAUCCACCCAUUCGAGAGCUGUGUAAAGUUACUAACAAUGGAGAAUUAAAACUUAUUGAAAAUGUCUACACCCGAGCAGAAAUGAAUCUAGCCAAUCUGAUUUACCAUCUAGGCACUAGACAGCAUUUACUAGAUAAGAUUUCUAACUCGUCACUGGAUAGUCACUAG